UGUAUCGCAUCCCUAGACUCGAAUUCGCUUUCCUCCAAUCCGCAACCCGCAAUCCUCAAUACGCAGUGCACAAUACGCAAUACGCAAUACGCAAUCCACAAUCCGCAAUCCGCAAUCCGCAAUCCACAAUUCUACCGCGUACGUAACGCUCAUUUCGACUACGUGAAGACAUGGCGCAUCAACGCAUCGCUCGCCCGCGAUGACCUCCAGGCCCCCUAUGGCCGUCCCUCAGCGACAGCCUCAGAGAACACUAAGCGGCUCGGGGUUGUCGCAGUCCCCUACUCACCAGCGAUCCCUCUCGCAACAAUAUUUACCCCCGUCCCCUAUACGGAAAUCGGAGAGCUUUAAUGAGCAGUCUAUUGAUGCGGGCGAUGUCGCACAAAAUAGAUUUAAUAUAAUCCCAAGAAGGGGAGGGUCGAGGCUCAAGCUCGAGCUCGCCAAUGAUGGCAUCGAGCAUCCCGGCUUCAGCGAAUCCCCGCAAAACUUGGAUACCCUAUCCGCCAACAAGGUCUUUACCCCGUCGCGGAUGAUGUCGAUGAAUGAUGCAUCUGAUGCUGGCGAUCUAACUCCCCGAACAUCGAGAUGCCAAACGGCCGAUGAUGAUUCGGUUCCCCUGCCCAUGCCGCCUCGUCGAAUUCGAUUCGUUGUACCCGUUAAACGGUCAGAACCCUCGAGUAUCAGUACGCCUCUUAAGAAGGACACCCGGCCGAAGCCCUUCGUCCUCGAUCCGCCGUCGAUUGCUGCUCGCUACCCUAACACGGGCAAGUCGGAGUCCACCGGUAAAACUAGAACUAAGGAUGUGCCCGCUCGUGCGUGUACUGACCCAUGUACAGGAGUCGCUGAUUUCUAUCGUUGGAACGGAUCACAUCCUGAGGAUCAGUUUUCUGAUAAUAUUAUUAGGCAUGGAUACUUCGACAAGGCACCGGCGCAAUCUACGCAGGAGCCUGCGUCAGCCAAGGCUUCAUUGUUUCCUGCGCUAAAACAUAAGACUGGCCUUCACACGUUAUCCACCGUUUUUACCAGCAUCCUCAAUCAGAGGAGGCACAAUGGCCAGAUCACUUCGGCUUCUACCUUCAAACCUCCGCCUCGAGUUACGCUAACCGACACGAAAAGAGAGAUAUGGCUCAAGGACCUUGCUAAUCCAGUUAUCUCACUCAGACGUUUGAGUCGAACUAUCCCCCACGGUAUUCGCGGGAAGGUCUUGCUUGAGCAGUGCUUAAAUAAGAACGUUCCCACAGAACGUGCUGUUUGGCUUGCAAAGUGUGUUGGCGCAAACGAGAUACGAGCAUUUAAGAGAAAGGGGGCAAAUGGCAUCUUUGUUAUGGGCGGAGAAGCCAAAUGGAUUAGAGACUGGACCGUGUUUGUCGAACAGUUCGUCGAGGCCAUCUGUAAUGCUUUCAGUGAAGAUGAUUGGAAGGCCAAAGUUACAUAUGCCAUCCGCCUGGCUACUCAUCUUUACGCCGAACAUCUUUUGGACCGCGACCAUUAUAUGGACUGGCUGGUCUCUGGCUUGGAAAAUAGUAAUCAGGCCAAGCUUCCCAUGUGGCUUUUAAUUAUCCAAAUAUACUGGAAAGAUCUUCUCAAAUUAAGGAGACAUGGACGACGUUUAGUCAGCGCCAUUUUGUCUCAUCACUCUUCUAUCUACCAUCAUCCCGAUCGCGAUAUUUUACUCCCUCUUGCCACACGAUUGCAGUCGCUAGUAGAGUCGUUACUUCUUGUUUGCCCAGAGAAUUUCAUUAAUCCUGGGGCUUGGUACAAGUUUCGCGACUCUUUAGCCGAGCCCCCUAGAUCUAGUAACAACGAAGCCAGAUCAAGAGCGUUUAAGUCAAUCGAUUUGCGUAAUGACUAUUUAACUAGUUCCAAUGCCAAAUCGCAACCUGCUCUCCGCAGCAUAGUGGUACAGCUACUUGACAGCAUACAUCGAACGCCUCUCGACAUGGAUAUUCCAAAGCGACUUUGGAAAACGAGCGAUAACAAGUUGCCGAUAGUCAGAACGAUUCUUGAAUGGUGUACCUCGCUGUAUCGACCUGGGAUUGCGAAAGUGUACAUUGCCACAACGCUUCUGCGUUCGUCGACUGCAUUGGAUGUCGAUGUCACUAGAGCCAUACUGGACUUUCUGGAUACCGACUCGCUUGAAGAAACCGCCCGAAAGCAGCUUGUGUACCAUCUCGUGUCGGAACUCGUUCGCUCUGGCCACUUCUCAGUUCCUCAGUAUAUCCAAUGGCUUAUAUCCCGCGGUGGACUUUCUUUUGCCUUCGAAGCAGCACGUGACGGGCCAUGUUUCACGAGGUUACUUGUUGAGAUUCCACUCCAUUCUCUAAACGAGUCCAUGAAAAAUGUGAGGGCAACCUUACUGCGAAGGGCGUCGUAUUCGGUCGAUGAUGAGGCCCAGGAUAUGGCAAUGGCUAUCAGUUGCAUCAAAAGCAUGCUCUCUGUUCCACUAGGACCCGAAGAUCCGCUCCUACAGAAGAUGCCCAUGAGUCUAGACAAGCUAUCGAAGCGUAUCAAUGACUUCAUUAGCAACGUCGUCCAGAAUUCGCAAUCGGGCAAAGGCGGUGUUGAACUACCCAAGAACACGUUUGAGAUGGUUCGGACUCUUCUCGAAGCCGCCGAGGAUUAUACUAUGCUCGAAGAUGUCUUGAAGCUAACAGCGACAUACUCGAAUCCAGAGCUUCUCGCACUCUGUGCCGAUACCAUCAAUCUUCAUUUGCCAGUAUUCACCGCAACUGGAGCAGCUAAGCCACUCUUCCAAAUUCUCUACGAACGACUCAAAACCAUCAUGGAAGAGCAAGGUGUCGGCGCCCGUCCGCUUCUAGCUUCUCUUGCUUAUCUAGUACCUCACCUACCCGGCUUAGAAGAUGUGGCGACUCAGCUACAGAACGAUCUGAUACGUAUAGACCGUAGUAGUGCUGCAGAUGCCUCGUCACCGUUAUCUGACAACAUGGCUACCCAACUUCAAGACGCCGAAACAGAGCUAAGCGAGCAAAUAGAGAAGCUUGCUAGCUACACCAGUGCUGAUAGGCCGACAAUGGAGCGGUUGUUCUAUGCAAUCAUCAAGAAGCUACAAGUGUACUGGGGUAAAGCGGAUGAGCGUCAGCGACUUUGUUGCAUCCUUCUUACCAGACUUCGUGUAUUUGACAUUCAACAUUUCAGCGAACUUAUGAGGGGAUGGAUUCAGCACAUUCGCAAGCUAACGAACAGGCCACACAUCGAUCAGCUAUUUCCACCUCUAAUGAGCUCGGGCUGUUUACCUCUCGCAAUAUUGUUCGCAACCGCUCCUAGGAACCAAGAUCAAACUAUCCAACCCCGGCCGAACGCCGUCGGGUCUGCUUCUGUCUACUUGCAGGAGAUAUUGCAAAUGUUAAUCAUGCCACGCAGUCCGAGUUCUACGAUGACUUCAGAGGAUUGCUAUCGUUUCCGUAUCGUCCAGGACCAUGCUAGGCGUGAGCAUGCCAGGGAGUUGAUGCCGUUGGUCCGUGGGGCGUUGGCCGAGUAUUCGACCUCCCUUAAUCAGCACACGUCGAUUCCUCAACCGUUAGAUAAUAAGCAGUUCGAGGCUAAGGUACUAGAAGUCCUCCGAUCUUUAAUACUUGUCGAUCCAAACGCUGCCAGCCAAAUUGUUUCGUUAAAAAGUCCCGACCCGAAAUUAGCGGCACUUAUCGAAACCUGGACCACGAAGCUGCUAGUACCUCAUAGUGGUGGUGGCCAGAAAUCAUUUGAGCAAGUUUUAGAAUUGGCAAAUGAAUUUACGCUACCUUUUUGCCAAAUCAAACUUUCCCUAAACCUUGCGGUUGAUGAAUUGGGAUCAACUGAGGCAUCAGAGAGGACCCAGUCGCAAUUUGAGUUAUUGUCGAAAGCGCUUGACAACGCCAUCGACGCUAAUAAUAUCAUGUGGACAGGCAUACUCCCUUCUCUUAGUCCUGAUAUUACGCAGCACAUGAGAAACCGAGCGGAGUCGCGCUUGCUAGAUAUCAUUCCAUCUCUUAAGAAUCCUCCCGGAGAUGCCACUUUUGAUAGGGACAUCUGCAUGGCGGAGAAUCUCUUGACGGUUAUUGAUUCCAUAUUCCGUGGCGGGUCGGGAUCAAAGGUGUUCCAAUUUUCUAGCGCUCUGGUAGACAAACUUGCAGACUUGUGGGAUAUCCUAGCCUCGAGAACCGGCGAGUACGCAUCACUUCAAGCCGCUGUGCUCUCGCGCUGGCUGCCUCUUAUAUUGUCUUACCUCACUCUUUUCACCUCACCAUCCACCAGUGCAUUGGAUGCUUCACGGGUGUCUGGCGGUGAAAUCCGUGGCCGUGCUUUGGUCAUCCUCGCAGGUCUCAUCCAGGAGCUCGACAAUCACCUGUCCUCCAAUCUCGGACAAAAAGCCUUCGACAUCGCGCUCGUGUUAGCCGAUAACUUACCCGAAGAGGUGCGCCUAUUAUGCGUACGGGCAGUGAAAGAUGCCACGGCUGAUCCUAGGAUCAGAUACCUAUUCAGCUUCGCUCCGAACCCGGCUGAAAACUUAAUGCUAGCCCAUCGCGAGAAGACACCCCAGGGAAUCCAAGAAAGGAGGGCAAUGGCGAUGGGGAUGAAUAUGAUACCAGAGAAGCUAACCCCCUUUGUGUUCAGGAGGUGGGAAAUCCUCAACGAACCCACCCCUGUCGUAGGCGAGAACGAUACGAGUCUAAGCUUGACGUUGUUCGACGCUAGGAAGAUAAAGUAACCCGCUCUACUGGAGAGCUUAUACGCUCAACCACCUUAUUUUUUAAUGUCUUCUAGCUUGUAUCGAUACGGAUUAGAAAUUGUUACGGAGAAGCCGGAUGGCCUAUCGAGAACCUUGAAGAUGGGGGUUUUCACUUCAAUAGCCAGAGUUGUCGUCUUAUCCAUAAAGAGACGCACGACCUAUCCCGCAAGAUUAGACGGGAUAUGCCCCGAGCUUCUUUCGGCUACCACAACUGCUUAUUUUUCCUUUGUCCUCAUGGGGUCUCUUAAUCUUAACUUGGGGAGUCUCACGGCAUUUAUGACUGUCACGCAUUUGCUGAGCCGGGGUCUUCAUCUCUUAUCUCUCUAUCUUGGCGCGCGCCCGCUCGCGCGUGUCGUGCGCGUUAUAUGAUGAUACCUGGGCAGGAUUUGCGAAGAAAGAAGAAGCAUUAGGACAGGACGCUUUUUCUAUAUUUUUUUUUCAGGGACAUCGGGUUCACGGUUGGGUUUCCGGUUCGGGGUUAAGGUUAGGUUAUCGGCUCUACCGGUCGUGUUUUUUUAGGGGGAAGUAGAGUGGACUGGCUGUAUAGAAUCGGUUGUAGGGGGGUUGAGACGUGAUAAGAGAAUAAGUGAGAUAAGAAACAAGAGACUUCAUUUAAAUAGCUUGAUCGUUCAUCGCGCUGUUGGUGACUAUUGUGAUUAUAAAACUUGCUAUGCUACCUAAACACUAUAAAUUAAUCCUAGCGCCUUGU